AUGGAGGGAAGGCACAAUCCCAACGAUGCAGAAAUAGACUCCAUUGCAUCUCCAUUCACUGAAAGCAACAAAGGACUAUAUUACGGUGAAGGUGUUAGUAACAAUAUGAACAGUGUGAGGGGGAAUACAAGAGGUGGCUUGAGAGGGAAUGUGAGGGGCAGCGCAAGGGGAAGUGUAAGGGGCAGCGUCAGAGGAAACGCUAGAGGAAACGCGAGAGGAAAUGCCAGGAAUAGUCAAAUGAAUAUGUACAAGGAUAUGAACGAAGGGAACAGCGAUUACGACCGAGCAACAAGUAUCCAUAGCCCUGAUCCAUUUAGUAAUUCAACUUACCAAUCAAAUAACAUUAGUGGUGCAAACGCCAUCACUGCACCCACUAGUAUUUCAAACGAUGCAGGUAGCGCUGCUAAUCAUAUGAUGGGUUCUAUAAAGAAUCCCCUCUACAGUAAUGCUAAUGGCAGUGGAGGUGGUCCAGACGGCAAUGGUCUCCCCACUGACAAGUCAAGUAACUUCUCCCAAUAUAACGACGGCUUUCUCGACCACACGGAGAUUAGCCACAUGAAGGGCAAAAAUUUUGCCAAACGAGUUGGAAAAAAUUUAAACCUCAAUGGUAUAAACGUAGGAAAAGGGAACAUCAACAGUGUGGGCAGUGGUGGAGGUAGCCAAAAUCAUUUUGGUGUUAAUAAAAACGCAAAGGGGUUUAAAAAUCGAUUCAAUCAUUUUAGCAAAAAUGCCGUGAAGCCCGGUUUGGCUAAGCAAGACGUUGGGUGGGACCAUAUGGGCAAUGCUGCUCUGCUUGGCGGAGAUGAGAGAGAAGGAGAGAUGGACAUAGACAGCAACGAGGGUCAGCAGGAAGGCUUCUCCCCUUAUAACCCACGCAGUGAGUUUUACCACCCAAAUGACUCGGUGAAUCGUGUGGGGGGCGCUGGCGAUGUGGACUCUAGCGAUCCAUUCAGGGAAGGUAACAACAUACCUUUAGGCAUACCCAACGAUGCAGAAGUGAAUAAUGUGAGCAACCAACACAUGGCGAUGGAUAAGGCACACCCGAGUAACAACAUACACAUGGUGAGGAAUGACAAAAAUAAUGCCACCAUGAAUUAUACUAAUGUUGGGAAAAAAAGAAAAAAUAUGAAAUUUGAUAAUAACACGCUUCAAAAAAAUAAGCAAAAAAAAAAUUAUUAUAAGUCCUUUAACGAUUCUUUAAAGAGGUAUAGCAAUAACUCGCUCAAAAUUGUCAACACGAAUGUAAAUGAGGGAGGCAAUUCCUCUUUUUACGGCAAUGGGGAGGGUGAAAAUGCGCUAAUGGAUAUGAAUUUGGGUGUGAAUACACUUGGCGGUCAGGUGCAGGCACAUGGGAAUGACAGCGCUGUAGUGGACGCCGCAAAUAAAAGCAACAAUGCAACGAAUAGCGGCGCACUGAACACCGGUUCACCGAGCGCCGCCGCCAGGGGAACAAAGAUGGCCGGCCGAAACAGCCACGUCAGUAACUUCUACCCCAGCAUGAAGAAGAAACCGUUUAACAACAUGACCUUCUCGCUUAACAAAUAUCUCAACUCAUAUGUCAACUUUGACCGAAUUAAAAAUAAAAAAAUUAAGAAUGAAAAAGUGAUAAAGAAAGGAAGUGGCGUGCGUGCAGCGGCGAUGGGCGGUAGGAAUGAUGCGGAUAUGGGUCAUAGCACCUUGGUGAACGCAGAACAAAAUUUUGAUGAUCACAACGCCGCAGACCAGAAUGGUGAUGAAUCUGCUGGUAGUUACAGACAUGGGUCGAGCGAAUUUGCCCAGGUGGGAAACCCUAGCGGAGGGAACCUCUCCCAGUUGAGUAACGUCGCCAAGAGUCUUAACCUGGAGUUACUAAAAAAUUUGAGAGACAGCCUUCAAAAUGAAAUGAGGGGGGGUGGAGGCAAUAAGGAUGGCUCGAAGGUGAGGACCAGCUAUCCUAGCUACAUCGAGUGCCUCAGUGAUGUGUCUGAAAUUAGUGAUGAAGAGCAGGGAGGGGAUGCAAGCGAUAAGGGGAAGGAUAAAAAUGCGUUCCCCAAGUGGACUAACAACAUGGGUGCAGGGGUAACGGCAGCAGGGAUGGGUGGUGAGGCCAACGGGACCUCUUUUCCCCCCGCUGCUAGCGCAGGGGGCGUGACACUUGCGUAUGGCACCAACCAGGCACCUUACGGCAAGACGGAUCUAAUGCAGAAUUUGUAUGGUCUCUACAAAAGUGAUAGGGGGGUUAAUGCAAAUUCGAAUGUGAAGGAAGAAAUUAGUGCUGAACAAUCAUCAGGAGGAAAGCCUUUCCAAGGAGGAGUUGAAUCAAACAACAAUUAUCACCACUACCCAGAUAACCAUUCUGCGCAAGACAAGGAGGAAAGUAGAGCAGGCAAAAAAGGGGCCUCGUUUGCAAGCCCAAAUAAUAACGUCGAUAUGGACCAAUUGGGGGAAGAAGAAAACGAAGAAGAGGAAGAGGAGCAAGACGAAACGGAACCGUACGAACAAAUGAGAAACGAAGAUUUGUUUAUUAAUUCCUAUAUGCCCUACCCCCCAGAAAAAUACAGUAGUAUGUACGAAUUGCACGAAAUAAAAAUAUUAUCCCCUCAUAUAUUGAAAACGAAAUUUCACAAGGAAGGAAAAGGCACUUAUCAUUCGUCCCUAAAGGAGGGGAAACUAAUUCUACUUCUCGACCUGGAUAACACAUUACUACAGGCCACAUCAUUUGCAAAAUUUAAUAUGGAAUUGCCUUUGGAAAAUUUUGUUGAUGAAAAUGGAGAACCCGAGUUAUAUAAAUUUUUCCUACCCUAUUAUAACUUUUUCUAUUACUUAAAAUUUAGACCCUAUGUACGUCAGUUUUUACAAAUUCUAUCUUUAUAUUAUGAACUGUCCAUUUAUACCAAUGCGACUAGAGAGUAUGCAGAUGUGGUUAUUGCCAUUUUGGAUCCUGAUAGAACCCUUUUUGCUGAUAGAAUUGUUGCUAGAUGUAAUUCUGCUGAUAGGGAAGAAAAUAAAUAUUUUUCCAAAAUAUAUCCUAAUGUGGACUCCAAGUAUGUUAUUGCUUUUGAUGAUCGAAAAGACGUUUGGACCGACAUUCCUCAUUCACAUAUUUUAAAAGCAGAACAUUAUAAUUUUUUUGACCUAAGUAAAUAUGAUAUAAUUUCUCAUUUUAAAGAACCCAGUACAUGUAAGAAAAGGUUCGUUGACAUGGACAUGCAUCUCCAUUUCAUGACCAAAGUUCUGCUCAAAUUACACAAACUUUUUUUCGAGCGACCAUUGGAAGUAAAUGUCGGAAGACUCAUUGACGAAAUUAUGUUCAGCACAUUAAGUAAUGUGGGUGUAUAUUUUACAGGCUUUAGAAAAAACUCCAAAAAUUCUCAACAUGUCCUUUCAUCAGAUUGUGAAGAUAGGCAAAAAGAAAUAGCUUUAGAAUUGGGCGCAAAAAUUUAUAAUAAUUAUGACCUGCCUGGAGUUACACAUAUUAUUGCUGCAAAAAAUUGUACUGAUAAUUUAAUCAAAUCGAAAAAUGCUAAUUAUAAUCAUAUACAAAAGGUGCAUACCUUGUGGCUUUACCAUUGUAGAGGUACACUGCAAAGUGGGGACUGCUCCUACUUUGAUGCAGAUGAGCUGUGCAAAAUUUACAAUAACAAACCACCCCUGCACCCUAAAAAGGAUCACUGGUUUUUUGGUAAUAAGGAAGAAAUGAGGAAGCAAGAUGAUACUAGUGAAUGCGUAAAAAUAGAAAAUCUUAAAUCGAGAAUUUUCUUGGGUACAGGUGAAUACACCAACGACGCAGUUAUAUGCUCGCCACUCGAACAGAUCAACAUUAAGUGGAUUGAAAAGGAAGUCAAGUUAAGGCAAAUUUAUGACACCCCCGGCGCUGCUACUUCUCCUUCUUCCCCUGGUGGGGCGGCAGGCGACGGACUGCAGCGUGAUGAAGCCACAAUGCGCGAGAGGAACCCACACACGGAAAUGAGCCCCCUUGGCGAACACAUGGACGAGGAUGACAAUUUUACCUAUGAGAAUGACAACGGGGAGGAGGAGGAGGACGAGGACGAAGAGUCGGAGGACGGGCAGCAAGGGCAGCAAGCGGAGGGCACCGGAAUGGGCAGCGCAACCAGCUAG